AAACAUUUUUUAAAUCUUAUACAAUAUGUUUAUAUUUAAACCUGUAAAUGAUUAAUUAUAAAAUUGAACAUUGGAAAUUCCCAAAAUAUAAUCACAAAACCGCAAAAUGAUUGCGCUACAAACAACAGCUGAUAAAAGUGUUAAAAUUUUGCGGCAAACAGUCAGAGUUAUUUACUCGAAAGGUUACGGAAAAAUGCCCACAAUCCAGGAUAUAAAAACAUGGAAGGAAUACAGUGGCAACAGUCAGUUGCCAAAGAAAAUAGAUACUUUGCCAGAUGUUAACUUGGAUAAUUCUAAAAAUGCUGUUUUGGCUGAUAAAAUUUCGAUAUUUGAAGGUGAUAUAACUACUCUACAGGUCGAUGCCAUUGUGAAUGCUGCAAAUUCUUCCCUGAGAGGAGGUGGUGGGGUUGAUGGGGCAAUUCAUCGUAAAGCUGGCCCUGAGUUACUUAAAGAAUGCAUAACCUUAAAUGGAUGUGCAGCGGGAGAAGCUAAAGUAACCAAAGGAUAUAAAUUGCCAGCAAAACAUGUUAUUCAUACAGUAGGACCAUAUGGAGAAAAAACUAACAUACUUCAAGGUUGUUACAAAAAUUCCCUUGAUAUUAUGCUUGAUGUAAAGUUACGUACAAUUGCUUUUCCCUGUAUUGCUACUGGAAUUUACGGCUAUCCCAACUUACCGGCAGCUCAUGUGGCUUCAAGAGAGGUUCGAAAACAUUUAGAAAAAAAUCAUGAUGCAGUUGACAGAGUUAUUUUCUGCGUAUUUCUACCUGAAGAUAAGGUUAUUUACGAAGGGAUUUUACAGUCAUAUUUUCCUACACAAUAAAUAUUUUUAAUUUUUUACAUGAUUCUUGUAAAUAAAGUUUUCUUUAAUUAAUAACAUAACUGUUGUUUGAUUUAUAUGAACAAGAAUAUCGCAAUAUUGCCAUA